AGUAUGCUCCAGAUUCUCAUUACCGUUGAUCUAAUCUAACGGUGUUUAUUAAAUCUAUUUUAAUUAUUUAUUAUUUACAAUUUUAAAAUAAUUAGUCGAUACCAACACAUUUUUAUACGUGCUCUUUAGUCCCUACACAAAUUUUUCACAUAUUUUUUCAUUAACGUACCAAAUUUUCUUCUAAUAAUAACUUGAACACCCAAAUUUUCUGAUUGUAUCUCCAUCAAGUCACGUUUAAUUUCUACCAAAGCUGGUAGAUCUAUCCCCAGAGCAAUUUUAUCGUUUCAACACCAAAUCCCCCUUUCCCAUUUGCCCUUUAUCGUGAGUGACGAACCCUAUCUUCUCAUCCAUAACUAUCGAAUCAGUUCUCCUCCCAAGCCCUCUCCAAUCGCUAAAUUUUUUGCGCUUCCCGUCGCUAUCUACGGAUUAAGGAAGUGAUCGAUUAGUUCUGUUCGAGGAUUGAGGGAUUGAAUCGCGGGCUUGAGAGGUGGAUGAGGAAGGACUGAUCGGAAAAUAAAUUUUACGGUCUGAACGUUUCCAGACGAAAUCACAGACUCGAUAGCUGGGGGAAGGGCUGGAUGGCGAAGAAACUCCAUACUUGUAAUGUCUUAAACAAAAUCGAUGGAGAUAGCGGUGGAGAGGCGACGUCGAACAGUUGGAAGGGGAAUCGGAAAUAGCAGAUGGAGAAGCUAAAUCGGUAACCGCCUGUGUCUCCAUCGAUGAUCUUUUCGUUUGUUGUUUUCACAAGCUUCGUGUCUCAUCUGAAUUCGCGGGAAUUCGAGUGUCUUCCUCUCGUACUGGGUUCGAAGUUUGAAGAUCAUUGGGUAAUAUACAGAUUUGGGGUUUCUUGAUUUGAGGGGAAGAGAGAAAGGGAGAUGAGAUGAGAGGGGGAUUAAGCUAUUGGGGCGUGGGGUUUAAGGAGGAGAGACAAUGAACGGAGGUUCAUUGAGGAUCCGCUCAGGGAGUUAUGGUUCAUUGGACAAACCGCAGCAACUACAACAACAACAGAACGGUGGUAGCAAUCAUCUCUUGCCAAUUCAAUCGAAAGUUCGGACUAAGCCUGCUAAGAUGUUCAAGGAGAAGGAUAGGUUCUUUCAUUGGACCCGCAAGUCCGUCGGCCGGAGGAAGGUUGGAAUGCUGAUGCUCUGCGUAAUCUCUGCCGCAGUUUUUUUCUGGGUUUUGUAUGUAGGAAAAGGUUUGUUAUACUCUCUCCAUCUACUCCAUUAAUUUGAUCAUUCAUCCCCCCUUUUGCUUGUUUGAGUGAUUUGUGCUUUGAACAUGGACUCUCUGGAGCUUUUGCCUUAGUAUUAGAACAAUGCUAUUAUCUAGGGGUUGAAAAGAGAUACUCUAUUAGAUAGUUUUUUUUUGGAAAUGUUGCUCAAUUUAGAUUGUUGGUGGAUUCAGAUUGUGAUAAUAUUCAUGAGACAUAGGUCGUUUCAUGGUAGUUGCACUUCUCUCGUCAGGAGGUUGUUUAAAACUGGUGUGGAGGGUAUUUGUCAGUGAUGGGUCUUGAACAGCUUGUAUCGUACUGCAUUUUCUCGACUGGUGAUGCAAGCUUGUAUCGUAGUUAGCGACAGAAUUGUGCUCUUGCUGUAGCUUUAUUCACAUUUCCAGUAAAAUUAUGGCAUGUUUUUCAGGUGAAGAUGCACAGGAAAAUGACCAGGUCCCAAACAUGAGUAUCAGUCCGAACAUAAGUGCCACUGUCCGCAAAUAGAACACAACGACUUUGGUUUUCCCACCUCCCCCUCCUUCACAUUUUUUGGGCUACUCUCUACCUCCUGGGCAUCCAUGCAAUACUUUCACUCUGCCUCCUCCCCCAGCAGACAGGAAAAGAACUGGACCAAGACUCAAUUUGGUGGAGGCACGUUAUCUGUCGGCAAGGCUGACUGCUCACCAACUAGAAAGGAAAGCUUUUCACUCAUAUGUUAUGUCAAAGUUCUGCCGAAGAACAUGGAUCGAAAAGUCGGGGACAAGAGGGUGGCGGAAGAUAUGGCUAUUGAAAAAAGCCCAAAGAUCAAUAACAUCCUUAUAGGAAAUUCUUCACGACACAAGAACCUUACAAGGAGGAGGCUUGAGUUUAGAGAUGGCGAUGCGACACCAAUUUCUGAUAUCAUUAUCAUUGAUGAUGAUGAUGAUGAUGAGCUUGACUUGACAACCAAUUCUGAGGUCGUGAUGCAAUUUCCUAUCACCAGUAGCAUGCAGUUGACUUCAGAGGAGGUUGGACUGGCAUAUUGCAUCUUUGUGGAAGAUCUUGCUACUAAGAAGAUUCUAGUCGAGAAUGGUUCCCAGUCUUGUACUCGUAGCUCACUGUGGAGCUUGUUGCCUAACGAGUACCUAGAUGAUGAGUUCAUUUCAAUGUAUGCAUGCCAUCUCAACCAUUUUGUGCUGUAUGAGAAGCAACGUAGAAUUGAGGACAAGUUGUGCUUCCUACCUGCCGAUAUACAGGUGGGAGUAGAGAAGUAUGUCUAUACUGCUGACAGUGUAUUCAAUGAUUAUCGAUUCAGCUACUUGCGCAAUGCCUACGGAUGCAACAAGAUCUAUCUACCAUUGAAGGAUGGUAAGCAUUGGUACCUGGCCGUGGUAAUGAUGGAAUUAGAAGAAGUUCAUUUAGUCGACUCAGCACCUAGGGCAAACAACAAUGAGUUUCGUAGGAAGACCGUACGCCAUAUGAUGAAUGUUUUACAUGAUUUAUUCCUUAAGUUGUACUUUGAAUUGGGUACAACGAAGGCGCUGCCGAAAAUUCCUGCGUUUCAGCUGGUUAUUCCUGACGGGGUUCCUAUACAAGAAAACAAAUUUGAUGGUGGCAUGUGGGUUUGCUUAUGGAUGAGGUUCUCAAGUAACUUGGGAAGUUAUGAUGUCGGGCCUUGUGUCGAUGGGGAACGAAUUAGGCUUGCUCUGGACUUGGUUGGUGGGCCACAGAAUGCUAAGUUGGAGAAGAUGCUUCGACGUGCUCAUAAGCACUCGUCUAAAUGGAAGAACAUGAUCCUCAAAGAUAUGGCUGUCAUGCGUGGAGAUGCAUACCUUUAAGUUUUUUUUUUUUUUUCUUGUUUUAUCAGUUGAACUAGUUUAUUUAUUGUUUGAGAAUCCUUUCCGUUGAACUAGAGCUUGUUGUUCAUGCCUUCAGUUUUCCCAAGUUGAACUAGUUUAUUUAUUGUUUGAGAAUCCUUUCCGUUGAACUAGAGCUUGUUGUUCAUGCCUUCGGUUUUCCCAAGUUACGUGGCUAGACAUAUUUUACCUUGUUAGUCUUCUCUUAGUUUAAGGCAUUGUUGAGGCCCGUGUCUUCCUGUCUAUUACUUAACAAUGUGUCUUAGUUAUCAGAGUAGGUAUAAGAGUAUCAUAGACUAGAGCUUGUUUCUUGUUCAAUACUGCUAAACAAUGUCUUAGCUGCCACAGAAACAACAUCAAGAGCUAGUGCUAAAUUUCUUCAUUAUGACAUCAUGGACAAACGAAAUAAAAGUACAAAUGACUU